CGGAAACAGUCGAAAACAAACUGCGCGCGCGUCUAACAGAGACUCAAGAACGAAGAUAGUCUCCAAUUUACCCACCAUGGAUGUUUUUGAAACGAUUAGUGAUAACGGAGAUGUAACCCACUCGGAGGUGCUCCAUACGACCAUCAAAAUGAUGCAGCACCCUGCCUACGAGAAUCCGUACGAGUGGUCAACAGCCGACUUUGAAGUCGGCCGUCCGCUUGGUCGUGGUAAAUUCGGUCGCGUCUACCUAUCCAGAGAACGCGAGACCGGUUUUAUGGUGGCAAUGAAAGUGAUGUUCAAGUCGCAGCUUACUAAGUGGAACGUCGAAAAGCAGCUGCUACGUGAGAUCGAAAUUCAAUCGCGUCUCAAACACAAACACAUUCUCCGUCUCUACACCUGGUUCCAUGACGAUCGGCGUAUCUACCUAGCGCUCGAGUUGGCCGCUCAAGGCGAGCUGUACAAGCACCUGAAGGCUUCGCCAAAGGGACGCUUUGAUGAACGUCGUUCGGCGCGGUACAUAUCGCAAGUGGCCGAUGCUCUCAACUACUGCCACGCGAACCAUGUUAUCCACCGGGAUCUGAAGCCAGAAAACAUUCUGCUCACCGACGACGACAACAUCAAGCUGGCCGAUUUCGGCUGGUCCGCGCACACCAAGUCGAACAAGCGCAAGACGAUGUGCGGCACACUCGAUUACCUUCCUCCGGAGAUGGUGGACGGCAAGCAUUACGACGAUUCGGUCGAUCAGUGGUGUUUGGGUAUUCUGUGCUACGAGUUUCUCGUAGGUAACCCGCCGUUUGAAUCACAGAACACGCAGAAUACGUAUGAAAAGAUCCGACGGAUCGAUAUCGUUUAUCCGCGCCACUUGAGUAAGGGGGCAAUCGAUCUCAUCUCGAAGCUCUUGCGCAUUCCAAGCAGUUCCCGUAUUACGCUGCGCAACGUCAUGAAUCAUCCGUGGGUCUUACAGAUGCAGAAAUAAUAUUAUAUUCGCAAAACAGUUCAUUAUCGACAAACAAGUCUAAACAAAUCAUUCGAGAAUCUAGAAUAUUCCUCUAUUCCCAAACUGUUUAAAUAUAAUUCAAGAAGCAUUAAAAACCUAGAUUGUCUAGACAAAUUCACAACUAUUUGUACUACUUGUCAUUAGUUCAGCUUGGUUGGAUAUUUGUAUGUUAAAUUGCUUGUAAGCUAUAUUACUUCGAUUCCCAUACUUCAAACAUUUUAAAACAUAUUUUGUCUCAACCGGUUUAGUCCCAUUCAUCGAAUUUAUUUCCGAUCUUUCUUUUAUUUGGUGUGCGGUUGCUAUAUUGGAGGAAAUGAACAAUUAAUUGAUUUUCGAAGGUUUUGGGUAGGUUAGAAGUUCUAUUACAAAACGGGAU